AUGGCGCACAAAGAGGAAAAGAAGACAAGCAUGCACCUGAGUCGGAUCCAGCAAGGGAAAGAUGAGUCAUUGAGAAGUUAUGUAAAGAGAUUCAACUUAGAAGCAGGGCAGAUUCCAGAUUUGCCGGAUGGGGUGGCGUUUGACAAUUUCAUCAGGGGACUUAAGAAGGGUUCCUUCAAGUUUGAUCUGGUGAAGAAAAGUGUGUGGACUAUGGCCGAAGUGUUAGAUGAGGCCGAGGCCUUCAUCCAUGCAAGUGAAAUUUGUAGCGUUCCAAAAGAACCCCGGGGAAGUGACACCGCUGAACCAGAGGCAAAGAAAGAAAAGUUUGGGAAAAAGACCCGACCUAAUGGGACGUGGGCUAUUGCAAAAGAGUCGGAUAGAGUUUUAGCGGCGGCCGGACAGAAGAGGUCCAGAACUUAUGGCCGAGAACGCUUUGAAUAUAACACAGAUCUGUACACCAUCCUAAUGGGCGUUGGUUCCAAAUUUGAGAUUGACCGUCCGUUCCCAAUGAAAUCGCCGCCCGAAAGUAGGGACCCUAAACUAUACUACCACUUUCAUAGUGACAUUGGGCAUGAUACCAAGGAAUGCAAAAGUCUCAAUAGAGCACUGGACGGCCUCGCCGCCAAGGGAUUUUUAAAGAACUACACAAGCAGAAACACUGGAGGGUCGGGAAAGCAAUUUUACAAAAAGAACAAGUCACCUCCUUCUGAGGACGACGGAAAUCGAACUGACCCCGAGUAUGUGGCCGUCAUAUCAGGUGGACUAGCCGCUGGAGUGCUAACCAUGAGAGGUCACAAAGAUUAUGCCAAGCGGCUGGGGCAAGUGAUGUUGUCUGGAAAAGCUACAGCUGAUCAGUUUCCUAAAGUAGAGAUCGGUGAGGCCGAUCGGGGAAAAAUAGCUACUCCACAUGACGACCCAUUGGUGAUCGAGCUGAAAAUUGCCAAUCUGAGAGUUACGCGCAUUCUGGUUGAUACAGGGAGUUCGUCGGACAUCAUCAGCUUCGAAUGUUUAAAUCGGUUGCAGCAUGACUCCUCCAAGAUAGAAAAGAUUCAUUUUCCGAUUAUCGGCUUUGGGGGUAGUGUCAUACACCCCGUCGGUAUCAUCUCCCUUCCACCCCGGAUGGGAAGUAAGAGGGAAUCCUGUCAAAUGGACGGCAAAAGCUGUCUGUAA